CUCUAUUCAAUUGGUUAUACAUGAACACGUUUACACUAUUUCAGAUUAACACCAAAAUGCCUUCACGUCGCUAUAAAGACGACUGUAUAAUUUUCGACGAUGAUUAUCCAGGAUAUUUCGCCAACAACUACAUGCUACCAGCACGCUAUGAAAAGUACAUCGAAAGCAUUAUCGUACCACACGGAAUGGUUUUGGAUCGUCUCAAUAAAAUGGCUUCUGAUAUUCUCGACGCUUAUGAAUGCAUGAACACACGCUCAAUUCAUAUCAUAUGCAUCUUGAAGGGUGGUUUCAAAUUCGCCUCUGAUCUAUUCGAAACAUUGCAAACAUUUAUCACAUCGAGGAAGAAAGAUAUCAAUGUGUAUAUUGACUUCAUCUCAGCUAGUACUUAUGUUAAUGAUUCUGUUGGUGAUGGGACAAAAUUAAAUGCCUGUACAGAUAUGGCGAAAUUUCGAAAUAAGAAUGUUCUCAUUGUCGAGGAUCUCGUUGAUACGGGAACAAGUCUUACUAAAAUCGAAGAAUUUGUCCGUCAAUAUAAUCCACUCUCGUUACACACAGCUUGUCUGUUACUGAAAAGAAGACCUGACUGUGCUGGAUACAUACCAGACUAUGUCGGCUUUGAAGUACCCAACCGAUUCAUUGUUGGAUAUGGUAUUGACUACAACGAUUACUUCCGUGAUAUACCACAUGUCUGUUCAGUGAAUAGUCAGGGGAAAAUUAGAUUCGCUAAACCCACAUCCACAGUUACGAUAAUUCGUCAACCGAGUAAACAGUAAUUGUCGACCAGGUGCAAUUAGUCACCACUGUCUUCUAUACAACCACUUGUAAACAUCUAUAAAUACAUCCAAUUCCGCUAUCCUGCUUGGUCAAUCACCAGUCAUGUAGAAGACUAUUUUGUUAUAUUUUGUUUAUUUCAAGAAAAAGUGUUUCAAACGAA